GUACCUUGAGAAGAAAUGGAGGACACGACUUUAAUUGCCAAAGAUGUCACUGAAUUGAUCGGUAAAACACCUCUGGUUUAUCUAAACAACGUUGUCGAUGGAUCCGUCGCUAAAAUUGCUGCUAAGUUGGAGGCAAUGGAACCCUGCUCCAGUGUCAAGGACAGGAUCGGAUAUAGUAUGAUUGCGGAUGCAGAGGAGAAGGGUCUCAUUAAUCCGGGUGAGAGUGUCCUGAUCGAGCCAACCAGUGGUAAUACCGGUAUAGGAUUGGCAUUCAUGGCUGUUCAGAAAGCUGAAGAAAUUCAUGCAAAGACACCUAAUUCUUACAUUCUUAAGCAAUUUGAAAACCCUGCCAACCCAAAGGUCCAUUAUGAGACAACUGGACCAGAGAUAUGGAAAGGCACUGGAGGGAAGAUAGAUAUACUUGUCUCAGGUAUUGGGACCGGAGGCACUGUAACAGGAGCAGGGAAGUAUCUCAAAGAGCAGAAUCCCGACAUUAAGCUCGUUGGUGUGGAACCAGUUGUAACAUUACAAUGCUUUUUAAUUCUAUUAAUCCCCUGUUAUUAA